AUGGGACAAACACUAGCGACUCCGGUCGUCGAAAAACAUUCAUCCAACGGAGCGGAUGAGUUGUACAUUUAUGGAAUCAGUGAUAUGCAGGGCUGGAGGAUAUCUAUGGAAGAUGCACAUGCUGCCAUUCUCAACCUGACAGAAGCAUCCGGUAAAGAACAAGUAUCAGUAUUUGCUGUCUAUGACGGACACGGCGCAGGCGCGAAUGUAGCGCUCUUUACUGGCGAUCGUCUGCACCGCAUUGUUGCUGCAGAAGAUGCCUUCAAGAAGAAAGACUACGAAGCGGCCCUUAAAUCUGGCUUCUUGGCAACAGACCGUGCCAUUCUCGGCGACCGUAAAUUCAUCGAAGACCCAUCCGGCUGUACUGCUACUGUCAAUUUGAUUACAGAGGGUAAGAUUUACUGCGCUAAUGCAGGUGAUUCGCGAACAGUCCUCGGCAGUAAAGGCAACGCCAUCCCACUCUCGCAAGAUCAUAAACCACAAAAUGCAAAGGAAAAGGAACGGAUUUGCGCUGCUGGUGGGUUUGUUGAUUUUGAUCGUGUGAAUGGCAACUUGGCGCUAUCGAGAGCCAUUGGUGACUUUGAGUUUAAGAAGAACAAGGAUCUUCCUGCUGAACGGCAAAUUGUCACUGCUGAUCCGGAUGUCAAGGUGCAUGAAAUUACGCAAGACGAUGAGUUCUUGGUGGUUGCGUGUGACGGUAUCUGGGACUGCAAAUCAUCGCAAGAGGUGAUUGAGUUUGUUCGGCGCGGUGUGGUGGCUGGUCAAGAGCUGCAUGUCAUUUGCGAGAACUUGAUGGACAAUUGUCUCGCUAGCUCGAGCGAUGGCGGCGGUGUCGGCUGUGACAAUAUGACUGUGAUGGUUGUUGGUUUGCUGCAGGGCAAGUCAAAGGAAGAAUGGUACAAAAUGGUCCAGGACCGUGUGGCCAACAAUGAAGGCCCCUGUGCGCCGGAAUCUGCAGCAGAGCUGAAGCCCCCUCAGUUUGAUCAGUUCCAGUCGAACCAGGUGCGUUAUGGUUCAUUCAAGGGCAAUGAGGAGCUAUCGUCUUCGUCCGAGGAGGAGAAUGAGGAGGAAGAUGAAUCAGAAGAGAAGGACGACGGCAAGACACCUGCCAAGAAGAGCAAGAAGGACGGCUCGAUUGUUGUGCUGAACGAUGGAUCUGAGCUGUUGCGGCAGAAGGAGGAGAAGGAAGCUGUUGCCAAUGCUGAGGCGGCCGAGCGGGAGGAAGCUGCCAAGGACACAGACACGGACAAGGUGCAGAUGGACACGUCAAAGUGA